AUGCAGCGCCUCGUCAAGGUUGACGGCAAGGUCCGCACCGACUCCACCUUCCCUUCGGGCUUGAUGGAUGUCAUCUCGAUCGAGAAGACGGGCGAGAACUUCCGCCUGAUCUACGACACCAAGGGUCGCUUCACCGUCCACCGCAUCACGGACGAGGAAGCACAAUACAAGCUCGGAAAGGUCAAGCGUGUCCAGCUUGGCAAGGGCGGAAUUCCCUACUUGGUUACGCACGAUGCGCGAACGUAA